AUGCGUCCUUCAAGGUCGCCCCUAGGCUUCCUAAUAGCCCUCUUCGCCGCUCUCAUUCCUAUGACCCAGGCCUCUGGCAUCAACAAUGAACGCGUUAUCUCGUCCUCGUCGCUCAGCACCUGCAUGUCAAACUCCAACUUUUCGGCCACUCUGUUCAAUGUCGCCUUCACACCCGACAACCGUACUCUUACCUUCAACGUCGUCGGUAUUACGACAAUCUCUGGAAAUGUCACCAUCGACAUGGUCGUCAGCGCUUACGGCUUGUCCAUCUUUAAGAAAACACUGGACCCCUGUGAGGAAGGAUGGGCCGGUCUGUGCCCCAUGAACGAGGGCCAGAUCGAUCUGGACUCCAACAUUGUACUGCCCGCCGAUGCAGUCAGCCAGAUUCCUGGUAAGAAGCCAUGGGCGUCUUCGUCCUCAAACUUUCCACUGACACAUGCUNNAGGCAUCGCAUACACCAUCCCUGACCUCGACGCCAAAGUCCAAGUCUACGUCAACAGCACCGACACUGGUAGAGCCACUGCCUGCGUGCAAGCCGAACUCACAAAUGGCAAGACUGUCGACCAGAAGGGUGUCUCAUGGGCGGUCGCCGUUAUUGCCGGCCUCGCUCUGUUCGUUUCUGCCAUCACAUCGGGUCUCGGACACUCCAACACUGCUGCUCACGUCGCUGCCAACACUCUUGCUCUCUUCGGUUACUUCCAGGCACAGUCUCUGGUCGGCAUGACUGCUGUCCCUCUCCCUCCCAUCGUCGCCUCAUGGACACAGAACUUCCAGUGGAGCAUGGGUAUCAUCCGCGUCGGCUUCAUUCAAGACAUUGCUACCUGGUACCAGCGCUCUACUGGAGGCACCCCCAGCACGGUCCUGUCUGAGUUGUCGACCGAGUCAGUCGAAGUGCAAAAGCGUUCCGUCCAUGUCGCCGAGCGUCUCCUCGCCCGUGGUGCCAUGAAGCUGCACCAGCUUCUCCCCAGAGCAGCAACCACCACCGACGCCACCACCAAGACUAUCAUCCUCCGUGGUAUCGAGCGUGUUGGUUUCCGUUCCAAGAUUGAGUUGACCAACAUCUUCCUUACUGGAUACAUCUUCCUGCUUAUCUUUGUCGUCUUUGUCGUUCUCGGUGUCAUCAUUUUCAAGUUCAUCUGCGAGGGUCUCGUCAAGAUGGGCAAGAUGAAGGGCGACAAGUUCCAGGACUUCCGCAAUGGCUGGACCACUGUUCUCAAGGGCAUCCUCUUCCGUCUGGUCCUGAUUGGCUUCCCUCAAAUGGUUGUCCUCUGUUUCUGGGAAUUCACCAAGCGUGAUUCGGCUGCCGAAGUCGUCCUUGCCGUCUUUACUGUCUUCACCAUGAUUGGCAUACUCGCCUGGGCUUCCUCCAAGGUCAUCCGUCUUGCCCGUCGCUCCGUCUCGAUGCACAAGAACCCUGCAUACAUCCUCUACUCGGACCCCGUCUCGCUUAACAAGUGGGGUUUCCUCUACGUCCAGUUCAAGGCCACCGCCUACUACUUCAUUGUCCCCGUUUUGGCUUAUCUCCUGCUCAAGGGCAUGUUUGUCGCUUUAGGCCAGGACAACGGCACACUGCAGGCCAUCGCCUUCCUCAUCAUCGAGGCCGUCUUCUUCAUCGUCGUCUGUGUCAUGACCCCGUACAUGGACAAGAAGACCAACGCCUUCAACAUUUUCAUCUGCUUCUUCAACUUCCUCAACUCCAUUUUCCUGCUUUUCUUCACCGGCAUCUUCUCUCUGCCUGGUCUGGUCAAUGGUGUCAUGGGUAUCCUCUUCUUCCUUUUCAACGCCAUCUUCUCUCUUAUUCUUCUCAUCUCCAUCAUUGUCGCCUCGGCAUUCGCCAUCUUCUCCAAGAACCCCGACACUAGAUAUCAGCCCAUGCGCGACGACCGUGGCUCGUUCAUCAAGUCUCAGACUCAACUCAACACUGAGCUUGAUGCACUGGGUGCUACAGCUCGCGGUGAAGGCAAGGGUGGCUGGAAGGGUGCUCGCAUUGAAGAUGAUGAGGAUGGCUGGUCUGGUAGUUCCACUUCCGAGCCUCGCAUCGGUGGCAACAGCUCUUCCAUGGCCGGUAGAUACGGCGAGAUUCCUCGCUCUCCUCACGACCCUAGCAUCUCGAGCUUCCCUUCGGAUGGUGGUCUGCCCAGACACAACCCUCCCACAUAUCUCGACGAGAAGACCGGUUUCGCAACACCGGAUGUGCGCAGCAACCACAGCCCAAGCCCAGCACGCGCGCCGCAGGUGCAACAAACAGGCAGAGCGAGCCCGUGGCAGCGCGGAGCCGGCUAUGAAUAA